GGUGCUUAGCGUAGUAUUCGAUUUUGAAAACUUCAGUAUGAACAUUUGCACAGACGUGUAUGUUACUCGUGCGCACCUGGCUUAUUAAGUUCCGUCGGACGCAACAAGUGUUACGUACUUUUUUAUGUUAUUGGUCCAUAGUUUUGAGUGUUGUGACUAUAGUUUAAUUAUUACAUUAGUUAAGCUAAAUUUAAGUUUAAUAUACAAAGAUUUUAAAAAUAAGUUAUUACUUUUACAAUGUGUAAAUAGUGUUUAUUUAUUAUAUAGAAGGGGUAUUAAGUGGUAUUUAAAUUAUGGCCUCCGAUGAAGACUGCAAUAAUUCUUAUACAUAUCCUUUACUGGAUGAAUCUACUCAAUCCUCAACGCCUAGUACUCAUUUUGGAAAUUGUCUUUCACCCUCAAGUUCACCAUCUCCAUUACUAGUUUCACAAUAUCAGAUGCCUUAUGAAUACAGGGGAGAAGAUAUUGUUUCAACACAACAAGUCAGCCAACCUAAAAACCAAGAUUUAUGGGUGGCAAUGCAAAACGAUAACUUUUAUCAAGAGUUUCGACAAUAUGAUAAUCGGUAUUGUGCCGAUUAUAUUAGACAAUCUUACCCAGAUGCGAUUCCAGUGUAUUCUCAAAGAACCAGUUUUGUAUCUAAAAUCACUGGUCAGGGACAAAAAGUUAAUAAAGAAACUAGAAUAAGACGACCUAUGAAUGCAUUUAUGGUUUGGGCAAAAGUGGAAAGAAAAAAAUUAGCAGAUGAAAAUCCCGAUCUUCAUAAUGCAGACCUAAGUAAAAUGCUAGGUAAAAAAUGGCGAUCUUUAACUCCUCAAGAUAGAAGACCUUUUGUGGAAGAAGCUGAAAGACUAAGAGUUAUUCACAUGACUGAACACCCCAAUUAUAAAUACAGACCUAGGCGACGUAAGCAUAAUAAACAAAGAGCCACUUCCACGACAGCUGCACGAGUGGGACCAUCCCUUUCUAGUCCAAGUCUUCCUAAUAUGUCACCAGGAUACAAUACGGGAUAUAUUCCAAAUUCACCAAAUGUUGCCUCACUAAACACAUUUUCUUCUAUAGAGUUUCCAAAUCCAGGUGGAAAUUUGGAGUUCUCACAAGAUAAAAGAUGCAGUCCAGAUCUCUAUAAAUUGAAUUCGUUUAACAGUUACUUAGGAUAUCAGCCCAGUUAUUUACAAAAAAGUCCAUUCUCUAUUCAUACGCCAGAUGAGUCUCCUACGCAAAGUCCAGAGCCAAAAGGAUUUAAAGAUUCUGUAAGUCCACAAGAAUGUAAAGAUAAAUUGCUGGAGAAGACGGCUUUACCAACACCUGAAUUAUCACCAAUAGAGAAUGAUAAAGAACAUUACAAGUUUGAUGAUAAGCGUAUAAAUAAUUUACAAAAUAAUAAUGUUUCUGGCAUUAUAACUUCAAGAAAUUUAAGUCCUACUACACAAUCAAGUUUUAAUUCUCGAGUUCAAAAUUAUAGGCAUAAUAAUUUAAGCUAUACGAAUGCUCAACCUAUAACAUCGGUUCCAAUGGCAAAUGGAUUGUAUGUUAUGUGUGCAAAUAAAAGUUCUGUUGAACAGGGUCAUGUUGUAACAGGAACGUUUUAUCCACCUGUUGCUUCAUCUCAAGAUCAACAGCUUCUAGGACCAACUCAAAAUAGUCAAAGUACUGUUUCAUCUGCAAAUGUAUAUCACUAUAAUUCUAAUAUGCCCCAAUAUUAUUCAUCACCCUAUGAAAAUUCAGAAAUAUCAAGUAAACACGAGACUUAUUUGGAAUACCAUCACCAUCCUACAAUUAUACAUAAUUAUAAGGCACCUAUAGAAGAAGAAUAUAAUCAAUACACUGAGAAUAAUUUGGUACAAUCAUAUAUUCAACAACCUGAAGAUCGUAGUGAUUGUGACAGUGAUGUAGACACCAGAGAAUUUGACAAAUAUUUAAAGUUUACUAAUACAGAAGCUAGUGCUGUCGAUUCAAACCACAAUUAUCAUAAUAGAAGCGAUACAAAUUCAAAUUUGACAUACAAUUUUCAAGCUCAACAAACGUCUGUGAUCUUACCAAAUAGUAAUGUGAAACCUGAACCAUCCUCAUUCGCCGAGCAAGAAGUUUAUGAUAUUGGACAAUCAAAUGGUAUUUCUAAAAAUGAAGAUGAUUUUAGCGAGAUCUUAGCUGGCGUUAGAAAAACAUGUUUUAGUAAUUAAAAUAUUUAAGUAAAUAAAUUUUGUAUACUAGUUGUAUUAAAGAUUAGUUUUGUUUUAUAUUUUUAAAUAAAAUAUUGAUUUAUAUAAUAUUUUAAGUAAUGAAAUAGUUCCUUUAAAAUCA